AUGGAAAUAGUUAAGAAGGUAGAUGAAGAAAAGAAAGAAGAAGAUUCAACAAUGGCGGUGGAACUUUCUAAGAAGAGGAAAGCUCUGUUUCAACCGUUAGAACACAGCAUCAACGGUAAACGAUCAUUAUCAUCUAAUAAUAAUUAUGAAAGUCUGCUAAUUCCUCCACCGGAUAUCGAGACCACAUCGUAUCCACGUGGGUGGUUGAUAGGUAAAAAACGCAAGCUUGUGAAUGUUGAUGUUGUAGAAAGCAUGAGGAGAAUAGUUGUUCAAGAAAUGAACAGAAAGGAUAGAGAGAUUGAUGGGUUAAAUGAGCAAUUAGAAGAGGAUGCAAAAUGUGUUAAACACCCGCAAGUUCAGCUGUUGGAGGAGAGAAAUAAAAGGUCUCAUGUAGAAUGAGAGAACAUGAGAUUGCAGAGCCAAAUCAACAUGUUAAUCAGCUUGGUGCAGGAAAAUGACGACGAAGAACCCUAGUUUCUGGAUCUGAUCGAUCUCUUUUAUGAUCAACAAAGAUCAGAUGAUAUGUGUCUUUAUACUGUCUUUUAUAAAUUGUUUCUUUCUUUGUAGAGAAUUCAUGAUAUUAUCACAUAGAUGAGUAAGUAAAUAUGUAAUUACAUUGGUUUGUAAAUCAAGCAUUACUCAAUAAUGGUCACCCUAUGUUGGGAACUUUAUAAAUAUUUGAAAUUUGAUUUA